AUGUCGUUACACUCCUUACUCCUCUACAUCUUCUCCAGAAUCCUAUUUUUUAACCUGAUUUUUAAUCUCUCCGACACAUUUCUAUUCAAUCCAAGGGCAAACAUGAAUAAUUCACUAAAUAUCAUGAAUUACUUUGUCAAACAAACCCAUAAACCUUCCAGUGAUUCCUGCCCCGAAAACCCUGAAAAUAAUAAAACACCUCUAAGAUUAAUUAGCACUCAAACAAAUGAAAACCUAAAUAAGAAUUUAAAGGAUCUUUUUACAGACUCAAGUGUUGAAGAAAUAACUGAAAGUGUAUAUAAAAGGUCAGUUUUGGAAAAGAAUGGACCGAAAAAUGAAGUAAAAAGAGAGCUUAAUGAUGUAAAAAGUGAAUUUAAGUUGGUAAAAUUGGAACAGAACGAUGAUGUAAAAAAUGAGUUAAAGUUGGAAAGAAAAGCCCUUAAAAAAGAAUUUGAUGAUGAACCCUCAGUUGGCUCAUUGUUUAACAUAUAUUUAAAGAAAGGUGAUAGUAACGACGACAUAACAUCGCCAAGAUUUGAUCCAGCACUCUUUGAUAUUACCCCUUACUUCCCCUCAACAAUGUGCGGAAAACCUAACAAUUCGAUCCUAUUUUCAUUGGUAUCAAGCGUGUUGCAAAAGUCAGAUGAUAUUUUUUGCACGGGUAAAGGGAGUAGGAAGUCGGUGUUAACACUGUUGUCCAAUUUCUACCGCAUACUCAUCUAUUAUAAUCCCCCUGAUGUCAUUCCAGUGACGUAUUUGUUACUGAACAGGAUAUACCCCGAGUAUGAGAAUAUCGAAGUUGGAGUUGGAGACUCUCUGAUAAUUAAGGCAAUGUCAGAAGCUUACAGUAAAUCAGAACAAAACAUCAAAUCAACACUAAAUAUAAUUACUAAUCAAAGUAUAGAUAAUAAUAAUGUAGUGUUGAAAAAGUACGAAGAUUUGGGUUUGGUGGCGGCUGCAAGUAGUUGUACGUCUCAAUUGCUCUUAAAAUUACCCGAAAAUACAAUUUCGGGUGUUUUUUCACAUUUCAGAUCAAUUGCCUCAGCUACAGGAAAAAACUCAAAUAGCAAUAAAAAGGAAAUUAUAAAGAAAUUGUUGAUAACGGCCAAAAAAGUUGAAUCAAAGUAUAUAAUAAGAUCAUUGCAACAGAGACUUAGAAUUGGCAUUGGACUUAAUACGAUUUUUCAAUGUAUUGCUGAUGCAUUUUAUUUGACAAAGCCGGGGAUGGUUAAAUCUGUGGACUCUGGUAGCCCAGUUGACCCUGUGAAAGUUGGAGAAAAUGUUGGGAAACCGUUGAGUAAGCCGAUUGGAGACGUGAGAACUGAGAAGGAUCUUCGCCUUAGGUAUACAAUUGAAGAUAUGGAGUUCUCAGUGAAGACAGCCAUAACGAUGCUCCCGAAUAUAGAAAAGGUUGUAGGGCACUUGCUGGAUAACGAUGAUAGUGAACAGUUAGUUGAACAUUGCAAAAUUACCCCUGGAAUACCAGUGAGACCAAUGUUGGCGAAACCUGUCAAUGACUCAGCAGAAAUCCUCCAAGCCGUUGGAGGAGAAGGCAUUACCUUCACAUGCGAAUAUAAAUACGAUGGUGAAAGAGUACAAAUUCAUCUUCUCAAAGAUAAAUCCAUCAAUUAUGGAACUAAUAAUGUUAUUAGGUUGUUUAGUAGAAAUAUGGAGAACUUGAUGGAAAAGUACCCGGACGUGGUGGAACAUUUUAAAAAGUCCAUAAAGCCUGAAUUAGAGGAAUGUAUUGUAGACUGCGAAGUCGUCCCAAUCGAUGACGAAAAUAAAAUUCUAUCAUUUCAAUCUUUAUCAACAAGAAAAAGAAAAGAUGUUGAUCCCAACGUAUCCUCUACCACCAUUACUAAUUACAAAUCAUAUAUAUUAGGAAUUUAUAGAGUUAUAAAUGUGUCUGUAAGGGUGUGUUUAUAUCCCUUUGAUAUAUUAUAUUUGAAUGGAGAAUCGUUGGUAACUGAGCCACUUUCAAAGAGAAGAGAAUAUUUGUACGAUUGUUUGACUCCCAUACCGGGAACACUUGUUUUUGCACAAAAUAAAAAUUUCGACUCAAUUGAACAAAUUGAUGAUUUUCUACAAACAGCAAUACAAGACGCCUGCGAAGGACUGAUGAUAAAGACGCUGGACGAUAAAGCCACAUAUGAACCACAAGCGAGAUCGAAUAAGUGGCUAAAAUACAAAAAAGAUUACAUUACUGGCCUAUCAGAUUCUGUCGAUUUAGUACCAAUCGGAGCUUUCUUCGGAAAAGUUUCUAUUAUCCCUUCUGGACACCUUUAUAUAGGGAAAAGAAUUAGUGUAUUUGGAUCAUAUUUGUUGGCAGUAUACGAUCCAAUACAGGAAUUAUAUCAAGGAGUUUGUAAAACUGGAACAGGUUUUACAGACCAGGCCUUGAAAGACUUGCACGACUCACUUCAAAAGGAUAUUACGCCAAAUAAACCCAAAAUGUACGAUGUCUCAGAAAAAAUGGAGCCAGAUGUCUGGUUCUUGCCUAAGAAAGUUUGGGAAUGUAAGGCCGCAGAUUUGUCAAUUUCUCCAGUUUACACUGCAGCGAAUAGAUUAAACGCUAGUGAAAAGGGGAUUGGACUGAGAUUUCCUAGAUUCCUGAGAGUGAGAGAAGAUAAAAAACCGGAAGAAGCAACCACAAGUGAUCAGAUCUUCGACAUGUAUAUGAGCCAAUAUAACAAAUAA